AUGGACCCCAGACCCCACAGGCUGCUGCUCUGCGGGCAGGAUAAUGCAUCAAGGUGCGAUGGAGUCUUCAACAUGGAGAGGACCAGAUCCUCAAAGUUUCCAAGGGAUAGCCACCCGCUCCAGCCUGUGGUGGAUAUCCACCCCCCUGAGAAGGAAAGCCUCCGGCUGGGGCUGGGUAGCCACCAGCCUGGGGAGGGAAGCCCCCUGCUGCGGGAGGGUAGCCACCUGCUGCGGGAGGGUAGCCACCUGCUGCGGGAGGGUAGCCAACAGCUUGAGGUGGGUAUCCGCCUGCCUGGGGAGGGUAGCCGCCUGCCUGGGGAGGGUAUCCGCCUGCCUGGGGAGGGUAACCGCCUGCCUGAGGAGGGUAGCCACCUGCCUGGGGAGGGUAGCCGCCAGCUGCUGGAGGGUAGCCGCCUGACUGGGGGGGAUAUGCCCCUGGCUGAGGAGGGUAGCCACCGGCCUGUGGUGGGUAUCCGCCUCCUUGCGGGGGGUAUCCUGGAUGAUGGGAGCCACCUCCCGGGCCUCUCUCAACAGGGUGCAAGGAUGUUUGCCAAGCUUAUCUGCUACAGCUCUGUCCAUUCUGAGGCUGCCUCCUGGGACACAAUGUGUAAAGCUCGACCCAAAGGUGAAGGCUUGACCCCAUAUCAGGGAAAGAAGAGGUGUUUCGGUGAAUAUAAGUGCCCUAAAUGCAAGAGAAAGUGGAUGAGUGGGAACUCCUGGGCCAACAUGGGACAAGAAUGUAUCAAGUGUCACAUCAAUGUUUAUCCUCACAAGCAGAGACCUCUGGAAAAACCGGACGGCUUGGACGUCUCUGACCAGAGCAAGGAGCAUCCACAACACCUGUGUGAAAAGUGUAAAGUCCUCGGCUACUACUGCCGUCGUGUGCAAUAACAUGCUCUGCCUGCCUGAGACAUUCCUUCAAAAUCAUAUAAAAAAUGGAAGGAAAUAUUUCAGUUUCUUAAACAAAACAUAUUAAAGAAUACUUAUUGUAGACGUACAUCUAAUUUUUUACUUUUGGGGUAUAUCCUCCGACGGUUGGUAUAAGAGGCUCUUUCUAUCUAACAGCCUUUAUCUUUGUGUGAGUAUUAAUUUCAGAUGUUUACUAUGAACCAUGAAUCCUUCCAACUGUGAAUGGAGAAGUUUUGGCUCUUUCACUUCGAGUGGCGUAAAACAUCUCAGAGGAAGAUUCUGCUACAUGUUGUUUGUAUAUUUCUUUUUAGAAAUAACUUAACUGAUUUUUUUUCUGUAUAAAAUAUGCAAGUUUUUACAAAGAAAUGUAUACAGUUUUAAUAUCCAUCUGCAAUACUGUCUGUAUUAUAACCAUUAAUGGAUAUAUUUUGAAUAUAGAAGCCAUACUUUUUUUGUUGAAUGUUACACUUUGGAAAAGAAUCUUAGUCAACUAUUCAUCCUAACUUUUUUUUUAUUGUUAUUAUAUGCAUUGUGCUACAAUUUGAUUUGAACACACCUGGCAGGUAGGUCAUGGUGAAUAUAUGAGUAAUCUUUUCUUUAUUGACAAAGGUAAUCAGAGCAGCUUUAUCUUGGCACAUGGUGCUGAAUACAAAGUGCCUUUUAUGGGUUGGCAUAUAGAUAUUCGGAAUAAGAAGAAAAAUAUAUUGUCACACAAAGGCUGCAAGUGCUUGUUGCCUCUUAGGAUAUAUUUUAUUUUUUUGUGGUUGUAGUAUAAAUUGAUUUAGUUUGGAAUAACCUUUUGACUUCUGCUUAAGAUGAUGUGAACAUCUAUUUAAUGUGCCUAUAUUCGAAUAACUUGUGU